AAAUCUACCCAAGCCCGGCAAACCGUUACGAAAGAUAACCAGGACUAGCAGUCAUGACUUCAGCUUUAGUCAACAUAGCCGCAUGUGUUCCAUUCGGAUCUAUUCUUGCAAUACUAUAAAUAAUGGCAUCUCAAUAUAAGACUAUUCACCCGGUGAAAUAUCUGCGAGAUUACCUUGCACAAGACAUAAGACCCGAUGGUCGUGAAUUUCUUCGAUUCAGGUCUGCAAGUGUCAACGUAGGAGCUAUUAGUCAGGCCGAUAGUUCAGCCAUAUUCAAGAUCGGCAGUACAACUGUUGUUUGCGGGAUCAAAGCUGAAUUAGCAGCUCCAAAAGCCGAUACUCCAAAUUGUGGAUAUUUAAUACCCAACGUCGAACUCUCACCACUGUGUUCUCCAAAAUUUCGUCCUGGACCACCCAGCGACCAGGCUCAGGUUGCUUCUAAGACAAUAGAUGACAUCUUAAUAAAUUCUUCUGCCCUGGACUUGACAGAUCUAUGCGUUUGCAUUGAUAAACUAGUGUGGGUGCUUUACUGCGAUUUGAUUUGCAUUGAUUAUGAUGGAUCAGUUACAGAUGCAUGCCUUGGCGCACUUGUAGCUGCACUUAAAAGUUUAACUUUACCAGAAGUCCAACAUAAUCCUGAAACAGGUGCCAUCGUUGUAGACACUUCUGACAGAAAACCAUUUCCUCUCAAGUCACUUCCUGUAUCUACCACGUUUGCAAUUUUUGAUGAACAACUUCUACUUGCUGAUCCAACCGAUGAAGAGGAAUCUCUGGCCAAAGGGAAACUAUGUCUCGUAAUUGACGGACCAGAAUUAUGUGGCCUUUACAAGCCUGGAGGAAUUCCAAUAUCUCAAGAACUAUUGUCAAAAAGUUUGGAAAAGUCUAAGAAGAGAGCAGAUCUUAUCAGAAAAGUUAUCGAGGCUGCAGUGACAAACUGAGAAAGCACUAUAUCAAUAAGAACAGUAUCUGUACUUUGAAUCGAAUUGAUAAAAUAAACAUUGUUUCUUUAUUGACUACUUUUACUUUGUGCAGUGC